AGGGCGUAAAAAUAUUGGAGCUUGAAGAAAAUGAAGCCUAUAUUCUGUGGCAACUUGGAUUUUGAUGCAAGGCAAUCGGAUGUGGAGCGCCUCUUCAACAAGUAUGGGAAGGUCGAUAGGGUGGAUGUGAAAUCUGGAUUACUUGGAAUGUCCAUGCUCUUGGAUGGAUCUGCUUGUCUGCAUUUCUUUUGUAGCAUGUGCCACGGUUCAGUUUAUUUUUCGAGAAGUUAAUAUGAUCAGUCCUAGCCCUGCCAUCCUACUUUCCCUCAGACCAUUGCUUUUUCUUUCCCCAUGACUUUUCCUCCGUGUUCAAUUACCGACAUGUUCAAUCAUAUAUUCCAUGAUGAUAUCGCAUCCAAUGGCAGGAUUUGCCUUUGUCUAUAUGGAUGAUGAGCGAGAUGCUGAGUAUGCGAUCCGCAAGCUUGACAGGACAGAAUUUGGUAGGAAGGGACGCUGUCUUCGUAUCGAGUGGACCAAGCAUGAACGUGGGAGUAGGAGAACUGAUGAUUCAAAAAAACCUCCAGCGAACACGAAGCCCUCGAAAACCCUGUUUGUUAUCAACUUUGAUCCUAUUCAUACCAGGACAAGGGAUCUUGAGAAGCACUUUGAUCUAUAUGGGAAAAUAAUGAACAUAAGGAUUAGAAGGAAUUUCGCAUUCAUUCAAUAUGAAUUGCAGGAGGAUGCUACCAAGGCAUUGGAUGCAACAAAUUCAAGCAAGUUCAUGGAUCGGAUUAUAUCAGUAGAAUAUGCUGUUCGUGAUGACGAUGAUAAAAGAAAUGGCCACAGUCCUGAUAGAAGGGGCCGUGAUACAUCUCCUGAGAGGAGAAGAAACAACGAUCGUGGGAGAUCUCCAAGUCCAUACCGCAGGGAUAGGGGUAGUCCGGAUUAUGGCCAUGGUUCCCGUCAGAGUUCUAGAGCUGAACCAAGAAGUCCCGAGUAUGAAAGAGCUCCAAGAAGGAGCCCUGAUUAUGAGCGAGCUGCAAGCCCGGUCAAUGAUAGAUAUGACAGCCGUUCGCCCCCAGCGCGGGAAAGAUCUUGAUCCUGAGAACCAGCAGCAGUUAGCUGAGCUGGUCUUCUCUCAUUUGUACUUCUGUUGUGGGAAAUGACUCAUCUGUUGUAGUUGACAUUGUUAAGUUUGAUUAUUCCCCUUAUUGUCUAUGUAUUCAGAUACAUGGUGAAUUUGAACAUCAGCGUGCUUAGUG